AUGGCACACGGGCCAUAUGCAUCAUGCCAAGCAUCCUCGUCUGCUGUGCGUGCGAAGAUCUUAGAGCUGCACCAGUCCAUCUCUGGAGCAGCUCGCCAAGAAGCAGAUGCGGCCCUGCGCGCUUUCGCAGAAACAGACCCGGCCUGGCUUACGAGCAAGGAAUUCUUGGCAGAUCCAGAACCGACGGUGCAGUUUUUUGGUGCUCAGACGCUAAGAAGAAAGCUUCAAGACGCAGCGCAAGGAUACCACGAGUCCAGAUUGUGUGACUUGAAGGAUUGGGCAGCAUUUCUGCUGCAGCAGGCUGAGUCUACUGUGCUGCAAGCAACAUCCAAGCAACAACUUGUGAUUGCUUUGGCAUCCAUUGCAGUUGCCCUGUGCAACACAUCGUGGAACACUGCGGUGCAAGACUUGCUGAUGCUUGCAGAGAGGCAGCCAAAGAUAGCUUGGGGCACCUUGCUAAUAAUCCCCGAGCAGCUGUCAAACACGGUGCACAAGUACUUGAAAGCUGAUGCCAAAACCCUGGCCUUAUUGGGCAGCUCGGGUGCUUUGCUAGCAGCAGCAGCCAGGUAUCCUGCCACUGGGAAGGACGAGGCACCUACAGGCACAUUGGCUGACUCUGAGUUCUCGCUGGCUUUGCAGACGGUGAGCCAAUGGUCAAAAGUUAUGGGACUGCAGAUCCUUGAGCAUGAGGCAUUUUCCACAUAUCUUGUUGGCUUGAUUGGAAGCCCUGCCGUAAACUCUGACGUCGUUUUGGACACUGUUUUAGAAGUGCUGCGCCGCUCCAAUGGUGCCUUCCUCAUCUACGAGCCAGCACAAAGUGCGGCUCCCGGUUUACAGAGGACGUUGGUAGCUGUUACGCGAUCGAUGCAGAAUAUGUUGCCCAGCCUGGAGCAACGCGCGGCAAAUCCAUCUCAGCUUGAUGAUGAUGAUGCUCGACGGCUGGCACGCUGGGCAGAGGUGGCUGGUAAUCUUAUUGAAGCUUAUACUCAACUCUUGUGGCUGGACCAGGAUGUGUCUGAGAUUCUGCUGCGCUUCAUUGGUGCGUGUUUGAUGGUGCACUCGAGAGUUGCCCAAGCGGUGUCCGAGCUGUGGGCUGUUUUGAAGGAUGCCAAGAGAGAUGGGAAGCUCCCUGAAGGUGUGAUGCCGAGGAUCCUGCAGCGGCUUGUGGAACCGAGCAUUUGCUCUUUCAUGAGAUUCAGCCGCUUUGACGUACAAGAAGAUCGUGCAGACUUGGUGCACAUGCGAAGUGCACAGCUUGACAUUUUGGUGGACAUGUAUUGCGUGGCAGCUGGAACUCCAGAAGCCCAGUUUGUGCUUGCUACGCUGUUGAAGCGAAUGGAUCAAGCCGAAUCUGCAGGAGAUGUUUUGGGUUUGGAGGUGGUGUGGUAUGCUUUCCAAGGCAUUGCAGAGGUCAUCGCAGACGAGCCCAACGUCCCGGAUGCUUACCAUGUGGUGCUUCGCUCGGUGGUCAAAGUUGUUGCGGCCCCGGCCGAAGUCUCCAGCACGGGCGCAGCCUUACUGCGGGCAUGUGGUCCUCAUUAUGAACACCAUUUGCAGGCGCACUUGCCUCCAGCUGUGCAGUGGCUGAUGACGAGGGUGGAGCAGAUACCUGUGGAAGCCUCCGAAACAAUUCAAGAGCUUUGUGGGUAUGCAGGAAAGCUUCUUUUGCCAUUUGUGGAGGAAUUCCUCAAGGCAGUCGUAAAGGUCGCGCCAGCGGCACCCAGCGAGGUUGAUGCCGCGUUGCACGGUGCUUUAGUUGGUAUUGCGCGAAACCUUCCCGCAGACCAAUUGCCUAUGGGCUUUGCUCAAGUUUGCCAGGGUUCCGCAGAAAGCCUGAAGACGGGGAUCGAUACCUCCAGUGAUGCAGGGCGAAUGAUGCUGCAUCGAAUCCUUUGCCGGCUGUUGCGAUGUGACUCCGUGAUGGAGCAAGCCGGCAGUAGUCAACAGGGAAUUGGUCCAACACCGGAAGCAAGAACGGCUUCGAGUUGCCUAGCGAGCUUUCUGUUGUCCUGCUGGACUUCCUUGGCGCCGCCUUGUCAACAGAUUCUGCUAGCUGCUCCUGUAGGGAAAGAUGCUGCAAAGGGUCGGCCAAUCUUUGAGUACUCGGAUGUCGCUUUGCAAGUGAACGUGCUUGCUUUGCUGCGGCGGGCCGGCCGUGCUGCGUGCGAAGCAGAGAGCGCCGACUUGGCACAGCAGUUGCAGCAAAUGCUUGUUUCUUGCUGUCAGGAAGGUCAACUAGCUGUUCUGGCUGCCAUGGCGCAGAUGGCAGAGAGCCCUCCACUGGCACAGAACUAUGUUCUUCCCCAGUUGGAGUUGGUGAGCAAGACAGUGUUGAUGCACCUUCAAAAAGGUGGGCCUGCCGAGGACCUGAUUCCCUUCUUGGACCUAUGCUCCUCAUUGGCGGGUUCUGUGGGCGACACUUUGUUUGCUUCGCAACACUUGGCGCCAUUGUCGCAGCUUUGCAUUGCAGCUCUUCAGUCGACAGAGCAUGAAGUGCUUAAGCCCGUGCUGCUUUUCCUGCAGCGCCUUCUAACACAAAGAACGUUGGCUUUGUCAGAUGGUGACGUCUCGGCGUUGGCACAGCAAGUUGUUGGGCGCUUUCAACAAUGGCCAAGGAGCAUGAGUGGGCAGAUCUUCAAAGUGUUCUCCGCCAUGGCAGAGAGCGCCAUGGCAAUGCAAAUCCUAGGCUACACCAGACUGCUGGACGACUUGCAGUCCAUUCAGUUUUCGCAGCCCAUUGAACGUUCUGCCCUGAACGGCUCAAUUGCAAGCAAGCUGGGUGGCAAGCGAGAGGAUCCGCUAAAGCCAGGCUUUUCCACUGCACAUUUCAUUGGUGGCACCGUGGGCACCAACAAGCGGGCAGACCCCUUUUUCCUCGCAGAGCGAUACGAGAUACAAUGUGACUGUGAGCUGAUGGCCGAACUGCUCAGAUUUAUCUACUGCGGCGAGAUGUCUUUCUUCCAAGGAGAGGCGCACAACGACAAGGCGAACGAAAUCCUGACCCAGAAGAUGCUGGCGAUUUGUUUCGAGGCAGAGCGCUUUUCAGUUGAUGCCCUGUACGAGAAGCUUCUGAGUUGGUUCGGAAGAAGGAGCUUCUACGUUGUGGGCGAGCUGAACUUUGCAGAUGCGUUCUACCAUUUGCAGCACUAUGAGCACCGCGCAACAGAGGAACAUUCUCGCAAUGUUCUCGUCCAAACGAUAGCGAGUGACAUGGUCUCAAGCCGAGACCAGUUUCGUGCUGUCACACGGGACUCUCGAUGGUGCUCUUUGCCUGUCUAUUUUGUAGAAACCAUUCUGAACUAUGACAAGCUGCCCAUUGUCUCAGAAACUGAGAUUUUAAGCCUGAUUGAGCGGUGGAACGCCACAGCUGACAAAGACAAGUCAGACAUUGUCCGGCUUCUAGCUUGCUUUAGGCCUAGUGAGGAUUCCAAGAUGGCAAUGAAGAAUUGGUUAUGCUUGAUGGGCUGGGUAGACGAUUCAGGCAAUGUGGUUUCAAUCCCUGGCCUCGAGGGAUUGGAGAAGAUUAUCUCUGGAAAAGCCACCAAAGGCAAGAAGCCUCGGAACUGCAAGAGUGCAGAUGUGGACGUGCGAGACUACACCAAGGCCAUGCUGGAAAACUACCAUUCUGACCUGCAACCGGAAGGCAAUGAGGAUGAAAUUGAUGCGACCUUCUUCCACUACCAUGGCAGCAAGGUGUUGGCACAAGGCUGUUCAUUCAAUCUCGGUGCUGGCGAUCGAUUGCUUCAGGCUGACGUUCUGAGAGAUUCUGGAAUCAGCCGUUUACGAGUUGCACUGUCAGAACCUUCCUCCUUGCUUUGGAACCCGGAGCACGAGGUCUUCGUCGGGCUUUCAUACGGUGAAGGCAAAUACUUUGGCUUCCUUUGUAGUGCAUCGGCCUUUUCGGGCAUUUUCUCGGUGCGAGCGCUAGCAUCAGCUGCACCUGCGCCAAGCGCACCGGUGCAUCUCACAGGUUCUGGGAACAAGAUGGAAUUCGACCUCGGCUUGGAGAUCCAAUUGCACCGGGUGGAUUUGGUGGUCACCUGCGAGCUGAGCUGCAUCUUCAAGAAUGAAUACUUGACCAAGGAGAGAUUUCAGAUAUCCCACGACACGCUGGUGAACGGGCCUGGCCUCAGGUACCAGUUGGUCGGAACUGGGCUCGAGAAAUCAAGAGUUCUAGUGAACUUGGCCUGGGUCAGUGGCGGAGGUCCAUCAAAUGACAAACACGUUGACUACGGACCCAUUGGGUUUGUGGAGGGUGAAUACUGA